UCGUGUUAGUAGUUUAAGCGACCACCAACAAGUGAAUGAAAACACCCAAGUAAAAAUCCAGAGAAAUACAAGAAAAACCCAAUAAAAGGAGAAAGAAGAAAGAAGAAGAAGAAGAAAUAGAUCCAGGGGAUAUAGACUAUACGAAAGUCUAAAACCCUGUAAAAGAAGAAAGAAGAAGAAGAAGGAGAAGAAAAAUCCAGAAAUGCCAUUAAUAUGAGUUCAAAUCACAAGUACCAGACUUCCCCCCCUCCCUCUCGGGCCCAGAGUCCUUCAACACCGGUUGGGACCACCACAGUCCCCUUAAGUUAUAGGUCAGCGUCUCCAUUGCCAACACCCGUAGCCCACAGACACGACUGUAUGACGGCUGCAGCAAAACGCUACAAGUACCUGCGGCGACUUCUAAAGUUCCGUCAGAUGGACUUUGAGUUUGCAGCGUGGCAGAUGAUUUACUUGUUUGUGUCUCCACAGAAAGUCUAUAGAAAUUUUCAGUACAGGAAACAAACAAAGGCCCAGUUUGCCAGAGAUGAUCCAGCUUUUGUAGUUCUUCUUUGCUUCUGGCUGUGCAUAACUUCUGCUGGCUUUGCCCUGGUAUUGAAACUGGGCGUGGGGAGCUUCCUGAGGUUCUUAGUGUACACAGUGUGUGUAGACACCCUCCUCAUGGGUGUUUUGGUGGCCACCAUUCUUUGGGCUGUAACCAAUCACUAUUUAGUGAAGCCAACCUGCAGGGACCAAGAUGUGGAAUGGGGCUACGCAUUUGACGUUCACCUCAACGCGUUCUUCCCGCCCCUCAUUAUCCUCCAUUUCUUUCAGCUUUUCUUCUAUCAUGUUUUCAUUAGCCAGGACUGGUUUAUUUCACGAUUGUUUGGAAAUCUUUUGUGGGUUCUAGCUAUUGGCUACUACAUCUACAUUACAUUCCUAGGCUAUAGUGCACUACCCAUUUUGAAACAGCCAAGAGUAUUCCUGUAUGCAUUACCUCUCCUGGUGGUGUUCUUCCUGUUGAGUCUGGCCUUCGGGAUGAACUUGUGUGGCACCCUCAUGGAUUUCUAUAGCUACCGUGUACUCUGAAAAUAUUGGCAGCUCACCCUGUUGCCGAUGGCCAUUUUUCUUUUUUUCUUUUUUCUUUUUUUUUCUUUUUUUUCUCUCUUUUUUUUCUCUCUUUUUUUUUCUUCUUCUUUUUUUCAUUUUUCUUUGUCUCUCCCCUUAAUAUCUCAUCCAUAGGUGUGAAGAAAUAUUUAUUUUAUGAAGUUAAAUUUUCAAAUUGAGUAAAAUAGGGAUUGAUAAGUAAUUAUUUUUAUCUCUCUCUUCUCUCUCUCCUUCGCCUCCAUCUCCUCCCUCUCCCUCCUCUCCCGUUC